UUCCUCCGUAACCUUUCCCUCUCCAGGGAGCCCUUUCGCUGAGGACAGAUACCCACUGAAUAUUGUAUCAUAUUCUACUGGUCUGAAAAUGAACUAUGUGCAGUUGGAGAAGCUAGGGGAGGGUACCUAUGCCACAGUCUACAAGGGUCGCUCCCGGACAACGAAUGAAAUUGUCGCUCUCAAGGAGAUUCAUCUCGAUGCAGAGGAAGGUACCCCAUCCACUGCGAUCAGAGAGAUUUCCCUCAUGAAGGAGCUCAAACAUGUCAACAUCGUCCGCCUGUAUGACGUCAUCCACACUGAGACGAAGCUUGUGCUCAUCUUCGAAUAUUGCGAACAAGAUUUGAAGCGGUACAUGGACACCCAUGGGGACCGGGGCGCUCUCGAUCCGAUGACAGUCCGGAGCUUUAUGUACCAGUUGCUCAAGGGCAUCGCAUUCUGCCACGAAAAUCGAGUCCUUCACCGGGAUCUUAAGCCCCAGAAUCUGCUCAUCAAUCGGAAGGGCGAGUUGAAGCUGGGCGACUUCGGUCUUGCUCGGGCAUUUGGCGUCCCUGUGAACACUUUCUCCAACGAGGUGGUCACCCUGUGGUAUCGAGCCCCAGACGUCCUGCUUGGCUCGCGUACCUAUAGCACAUCGAUCGAUAUCUGGUCUUGCGGCUGCAUCUUCGCCGAAAUGAUAUCGGGUGUCCCUCUGUUCCGAGGUAGAGACAACCAGGAUCAGCUUUUACACAUCAUGAGGAUCAUCGGUACUCCGGACGAUCGUACACUCCGGAAAAUAGCUGCAGAAUCUCCCGAGAUCCAGCUGAAACAAUAUCCUCGGUACCCGAAGAUCCCUUUCCAGCAGGUUCUGCCUAAAGCUUCUCCUCAAGCGAUUGACCUACUAGAGCGACUUCUCCAAUUCGACCCCAGCAAACGGAUCACGGCUGCCGAGGCCCUCUCACACUCCUAUUUUACGGGGUCUUCGAACAACGUAUCUUACCUGCCUACCGUUGCUGGAGCUAUGGCGCCGCCAGCGUACAACUUUCCCAACCCGCAUGCGCAUCAACAACAGCAGUAUCAACAGCAGCAGCAGCAGCAACAACAACAGCAGCAAGCCCAGCAACAGCAACAAGCAGCGUACGCCCAACAAGCUCAAGCGCAGGCUCAGGCAAAUUUGUAUGCCAUGCAGCAGGCACAAGCUCAAGCGCAGGCAGCUCAGGCCCAGCCGGUCGUCCCUCCUGCGUACUACCAGCAGACUUUCCAUCGCUAG